AUCGAUUGCCGUUGCCGUGGGCGUUCUCUGGUGUUCGCUGCUUUGGGCAUGGCUUCCUAGCUUUCGGCUGGACUUUUAUUCUACCGCGAACUUCCUUCAUCACCUGUUAUAAGACUAUCCCUCCCUCCUCGAUUUCAUCAUUGGUGAGGAGGAGGGCAGAGAGGGUUGGUCGAUUUUACUUCUGGAUAAAGGAUUGGCACCGGCUACAACAUAAAUGCUUCUCCGGCUGCCGUCCAGCCUUCACUACCCGAUCACCGUAACGACGCUGGUCAAACAGCCCGGCGAUGCGGUGGAAAGGGAGGAAGCGCUGUUCUGGUAUUUUUACCAGACCACUGUUACCGAAGGUGACAGGUUGGGAAACAAGUAUGAGGUGAAGAAGAAAUAUCCGACCAAGUAUGAGGCGACCGUGGAUGGCGAGGUAGUCCAGUGGAAGAUUGCGGAAGGGGAUAUUAUAGAUGGACCGAUUGAUUUCGUGGAAAUCGAUGAGCCAUGUGCUCACGAAGUUCAAUUUGGAGGUCUCUGUGCUGAGUGUGGGAAGGAUAUGACUGUAUCUACGUACGACACGGAGUUCAUCGACGCCAUGCGCGCGACGAUUACGAUGACUCACGAAAAUACAGCUUUGACCGUGAGCGAGAGGGAGGCGAUGCGUGUAGAAGAGGAUGCGAAGCGCAGCUUGCUCAUGAACCGGAAGUUAUCUCUUGUGGUCGAUCUGGACCAGACGAUCAUCCAUACAACCGUUGACCCUACAGUGGAUCAAUGGAUGAAGGAUCAAGACAAUCCCAACCAUCAGGCCGUAAGCGAUGUCCGCGUGUUUGAGAUGGUUGAACAUGAUCAGCCAACGGACGCGGAAGGUAUCCCACAACCGCGCAGCGUAUGGUAUUUUGUCAAGUUGCGGCCCGGGUUGGAGUCUUUCCUGCAUAAUAUCUCGGAGAUGUUUGAGCUGCAUAUUUAUACCAUGGGAACUCGGCCCUACGCUCAACAUAUUGCUGCUAUCAUUGAUCCCGACCGCAAGCUUUUUGGAGAUCGCAUACUGAGCCGAGACGAAAGCGGGAGUCUCACGGCCAAGAACCUUCAUCGCUUGUUCCCUGUGGACACAAAGAUGGUCGUCAUCAUCGACGAUCGCGGGGAUGUUUGGCGCUGGAGCCCCAAUCUCAUCAAGGUAGUGCCGUACGAUUUUUUUGUCGGCAUUGGGGAUAUUAACUCGAGCUUCCUGCCUAAAAAGCAGGAGCUGAUCACUUCAAGCAAAUCUGGCGAGAGGGCCGCAGUAAAGGCGGCACAGGAUCUACCUCGUGAGCAACAUGUCAAUGGGGCUGCGGUCGGAGCAGAGGGACAGCCCGAGAUGUCAGCCUUGGAGCAGCUAGUGACGAUGGGCGGGGGAGAUGACCCUCGCAUACUGCAGGAACAGAGCGAUGCCCAGAUCGAGACUAUUAUGCAUCAAGUUGAAGACCGACCGUUGCUUCAGAAGCAGAAAGAACUGGAUGCAGAGGAAGACGUUGCUGAGAGUAGUGAUUCGUCGAGCAGCGUGGACGAGUCUACAGACAUGAAAAGGCACAAACACCUUCUGCAGGACAACGACCGGGAAUUGUUUGACUUGGAAGUUCGUCUCGAGCAAGUGCAUCGCAACUUCUUCGACGAGUACGAUCGGCGAAGGUCGCGAGCGCUGGGAGGACGAGUGGCAGCCCUGCGCGGCGAAAAGACCUUCUCAAAGGAAAAGGACGUAGACUUGAAGCUGGUCCCUGACAUAAAGGAGAUCAUGCCGGCUAUCAAACGACGUGUACUCAGCGGCGUUGUAAUGGCCUUCACAGGAGUACUUCCCUUGAACAUAGAUACGCAUAGCGCGGACAUCUCCCUUUGGUCUAAGAGUUUCGGUGCCACCAUUACUACGAAGAUCAGCUCGAGAGUCACCCAUCUUGUGGCUGGACGGAAUCGCACGGCCAAGGUUAGAGCUGCGACGCGGUAUCCGCAUAUCAAAAUCGUCCGAACGCAUUGGUUGAAUGACUGCUUGACCCAAUGGAAACGUCUAGACGAAGAACCAUAUCUCCUGCCGGUACACCCAGACGACCGGGAGGCGCCAAUCCAGCCAGGCGAGGAAAUGGAGAGCUCGUGGCAGUCCUCCGAGGAAGGGACGGGAGUUGCUGGGACGGAGGAGGACGAGCCCGAAAUGACAGCCGAUAUUCUGAAGUCGUCCGGUUUGACGGAGGUAUCGCCAAUUGGUUACGAUGCUGACCAACAAGCAGCGAUCCACGAAGAGUUGAAAGAGUUCCUUGGCAGUGACGAUGAUAGCGAGAGUGAUAGUGACGCCUCCUUCAUGGACGAGGUUCCCACAACAGCGCCUAGUAGAAAGCGAAAGCGCUCGGACGACACCAAAGACGAGGAGGGCGAAGGAGACGAAGGAGGUAAGGGGGCCGAGUCCGGAUCAGAUCAUGGCUCGCGGCUCUCGCAGCGGAUCCGGCGGGUGUAUGAACGGCCCGGUACCGCACUCUCCCAGGCUGUCUCCAGUGCAGCGAAUUCGGAGUCACCUAGCAGUGAGCUGGAGGACCCCACAGAUGCGGCUACGGCGUCUCAACAGGCGGCCGCGAUGCCGGCACCUGAAGAAGAAGACGAUGAGCUCGAGCGUGAGAUGAUGGCUGCGUUUGAAGACGGGGACUACGACGAGACGGCCGAGGAGAAAAUUGCAGAAGAGCACGGUUGAUUCUCUGGCAUUAGACAUCGUCUUGUUUUGUGGAUACAGCUAGCGGAUAUACUAGGUACGCUGGGGAAUCGUCGAUUUCGAGAU